UGUUUUGGAGGAGGAAGUGAAAGGGGAAGAGAGACGCUGGGGGUAGGACAUAGUUAGCUCGCUGGGAGACAAGCCUUGAAGAAAAGUGCCAAAUUUACACACCAGCUGUAGAUAAUCUGCUUCGUCAAUUUACAACAAGGGUUUUGUUAGUGUCCACGCAAAGGGAAACAUCUUUUCCUCAGAAUCUGAAACGUGGUAUUGCCAAAUUAACGCUAGCUACCGAGUUCAGUGACAGCGAGCUAGCUAGCUAGCUAGCUAACGCAACGCCUAGUGAGCCAAUAACGCCAACUGCCCUGAACAAUAACAGCUCGUCAGCUCGCAGCCGUAUCGAUUCCCGUAGAGAAGUCGUCGUUUCGGUGUGUUACAAGUCGAAGCUGUGGAAAAAUGACAUCCAGGAAGAAAGUGCUGUUGAAAGUCAUCAUCCUGGGAGAUUCCGGUGUUGGAAAGACCUCCCUAAUGAACCAGUAUGUGAACAAGAAGUUUAGUAACCAGUACAAAGCUACAAUAGGAGCAGACUUCCUGACCAAGGAGGUGAUGGUGGACGACCGGCUCGUUACAAUGCAGAUCUGGGACACAGCUGGUCAGGAGAGGUUCCAGUCUUUGGGUGUUGCAUUCUAUCGUGGAGCAGACUGCUGUGUGCUGGUGUUUGAUGUGACUGCACCCAACACCUUCAAGACACUCGACAGCUGGAGGGAUGAGUUCCUGAUCCAGGCCAGCCCUCGAGAUCCUGAAAACUUCCCCUUUGUGGUGCUCGGCAACAAGAUUGACUUGGAGAACAGACAGGUAACCACCAAAAGGGCUCAGGCUUGGUGUCAGAGUAAGAACAACAUCCCCUACUUUGAGACCAGCGCCAAAGAAGCCAUCAAUGUAGAACAGGCAUUCCAGACAAUUGCACGCAACGCCCUCAAACAAGAAACAGAGGUGGAGUUGUAUAAUGAAUUCCCAGAGCCUAUAAAACUGGACCGGAAUGACAGAGCUAAACCUUCAGCAGAAAGCUGCAGCUGCUAAGGGACAACUUGGACCAUCUUCUCUCUUGGCUUUCUGAAACACCCUGUCACCGGUUACAUCACCUGCACCUCCCUGGAAGAGGACUUCCUCCUUCACACCACUGUUUAUUCCAUCGACACAAAACCUCACGCAGUACACUGCACAUGGAUGUACCCACCCCCACCCCCACCCUAUCCCCCAUGCAGUAUACAAAUUUAUACACACGCUGAAAAAUCCAGUGCCCAAAGAUCACACGAGAGAAGGACACCCCUUCUGAGUUUUCCCGGCUUGAUAGUGAGUGAUCUCCUGUCCAGCCCACCCAUUUUUCUGACUUUGGGAUCUGACUCUCACACUGAGGGGGACAGAUGGAGCCAUGUUCAGAGUGCAAUUGGAAACUCUAGAUAGACUGGCUGAAGCGCUGUAAUGUGAGAUGAUGUUUGCUAAUGUCAGCAUCCCAAGUAUCUUAUGUCUUUCUAUUUUCUUUUUGCUUUCUAUUGU